GGCGAUCGCCCUCCUGUCUCCUCCACCGCUUCCCCUGGCCAGCCGUGGACAGUAAACAACCACCAGUGCACCUUCCGCGGAGGAAACCACCGCCGUAGAAGACGUGUCUUUCUUCCCUGAGACUGAGAGGCAGCGGAGUCACACUGUUUCUCUUCUUGUGCUGCUUUGUAUAAGGUGGCUCGUCUUCUUUUGGAUUGUUCGCCUACCAUUUCAAAUCAUUUCCAGUUUGCCUUCCACGAUUCUGAAUCGCUCAAAGCUGGGAGCUGACAUUCAUUGCUAGUUUCAGCUGCGGCAGGGAUGUCUAGGUUUCGAUCAAUCUGGCAAGCCUCUUUGAAUGCCACCAAGAAAGCUCUUACAUGGAACCUUGAAGACUUGAUGCCUCCUGCCGAAAGACUUAUUUUCAGCUUCAACUCAAAGGAAGAACUAAAGAAAUGGCAUCUAUAUUCAGAUUCAGAGUAUGGAGGUCUCUCCUCCGCUUCUUUAGAGAUUAGUGAAGUGGACAAUGGAUUGAAAGGUACUGGUGUGUUCUCUGGGAAUCUAUCAGUAGAUCUAGCUGAGGAUUCUAAGUGGAACAUACGUAGGGGUGGCUUUUGUGGAAUGCGUUCCAAGAAGUUUGAUGGUUUCAUUGAUCUCGGUUCAUAUGAUACGAUUGCACUAAAGCUUAGAGGUGAUGGAAGAAGCUAUAUAUCAACUAUUUAUACAGAGAAUUGGGUUAAUUCGCCCGGACAGCUAGAAGAUAAUUCCUGGCAAGCUUUCGUUCAUGUACCGAAGGACAACUGGUACAUUGCAAAGAUUCCACUUGCUCGAUAUCUACCGACUUGGAGAGGGAAUGUCAUAAACGCAGAGAUGGAGAUGAAUCAAGCCCGCAUUCUUGGCAUCUCGCUCUCUGUCAAUGCAGAAGGUGGUGUCCCUGGUGCCAGAACUGGUACCGGUGAUUUCAAGGUUGAGCUCGACUGGAUCAAAGCCAUUCGAACGGAGGAAUAUACCUGAUGUUUCAGUCCCCAUCGACUGUGAUCCUCGACAAAUCCAGGUUUUACGCACCUUGCAUUGAACUGCACCUGUUCAGACUGCAGAUUGCAGACCCCCAGUCCAGUUGUAGGAAUGAGUUUCUAAAACAGUUUCCGAAGUGGGUGAGAGAUACUCCAAACUGCUGAGUUUCUGUAGUAGCCCACGAAGGUCAUGCCUUCUGGUUGCGCGGCCAUGGUUCCUAGACUUUGAGACAGGCAGGCAAUGCAUGUCCAGUUGUAGUUCUGCAAGAUCAGAUGUAUCUUUGUAGAUGGGUGUGUUUAGGACCGUAUGGUCAGAAAUAGCACUGCAAGUCUGCAACUAAAUAACUAUAUCGUUGUGUUCAUAAACGUAACCAAACCAUGGUUAAUGUCGAAUGCACA